CAUGGCUUUUACGUACCCCUGGUCUCAUUUAUGUGGCUGUUUGGACAGUCAAUAUGCUUGUGUGGGCGUGCUUGGGCGCCCUAGGCGCGUUCAUGUAUCUGUGGGCGAAUGACUGGAAGAAUGAUGUUCCCCGGACGCAUUCGGACCGCGAGGUUUGGGUGGCGAAAGGCCUCGGCAUCUUUUUCUUGGUAAUGUGCGCCUUGUGGCUUUGCACGCUUGUCUUUUUGCGAAAGCGGAUCAACUUGGCAGUCGGAUUAGUUAGGGAGGCGGCCCGGGCGGUGAUCGACAUGCCCCUGAUUGUCCUGUACCCCUUUCUCCAAGCCGCCGGCCUUGUGCUUUUUCUCGUGCCUUGGUCUUUUUACUCCGUCA